UCGUUGCGCCGUUACUACGCUCUGCUCCAUGUCAGAGGAAGGAAAACAAUAAUCAGCUGAUUCGACAGAUUUUCUCGUGCAUGUAAAGAGGACGAAAAUGCCUUUUUAAUACACUAUCGAAAGCAUUUUUUUUCUCAAGCUGCAUACAACGAUCACACAAUGUUUUUCGUGACCUGCUUUAAUAUUGUUGGGUUGAUAUUUAAUGUUGCUGUCACCACCGCGCACCCAAACAUCUUGCUGAUCAUUGUAGACGAUCUGAGGACUACUCUGGGAUGCUACGGUGACGCCAAUGCGUAUACACCAAAUAUAGAUGCCUUGGCUGAGGAUGGCAUCGUUUUCACUGAAGCAUUCGCACAGCAAGCAUUAUGCGCACCCAGUAGAAACUCCUUUCUGACUAGCAGAAGACCGGAUACCCUUCGACUUUACGAUUUUUACAGUUACUGGCGCGACGCGGUGGGUAAUUACACUACAUUGCCAGAACACCUGAAAAACAAUGGUUAUACCACGAUGUCCAUAGGGAAGGUGUUUCAUCCAGGUAUAAGUUCUAACAGAUCUGACGACAGUCCCUACUCAUGGACCGAGAAACCUUUCCAUCCGUAUACAGAUCGGUACAAAAAUGCUCCAAUUUGUAGGAUGGUCCCGCAAUCAAAAGCGGCAACGAAUCUCAUAUGCCCGGUACGAGUUUCGGCCAUGCCAAACAAAACAUUACCUGAUCUCGAAACGUUACGAGAAGCGAGAAGAUUUAUAAACAAACACAAAAAAAAUGUUAAUCCUUUCUUUCUUGCCGUUGGUUUUCAGAAACCUCAUAUACCUCUGAAGUAUCCUGACCACUAUCUAAAAUAUCAUCCUAUACGAAAGUUCAAGAUGCCCGAACGAUACAAAUGGCCAGAUAAUGUAAAUAAUGUUGCCUAUAAUCCUUGGACCGAUCUCCGAUGGAGAAAAGAUGUGGCAAAGUUAAAAUUAAAAUUUCCAUGGGAAAGAAUACCAGAAAAGUUUGCUAAGCAAAUUAUCCAAUCAUAUUACGCAGCUGUAUCUUACAUCGAUAAUAUGAUCGGUAAGCUUAUACAUCAGCUACAUGUCUCGAUGAUCCGAGAAAAUACUAUUGUAAUAUUAACAUCUGAUCAUGGUUGGGCUCUUGGAGAACAUGCUGUCUGGUCCAAAUAUAGCAAUUUCGACGUUGCUGUGCAUGUACCUUUGAUAAUAUCAAUUCCAAUGGUCACAUCUGAUUUUAAUUAUGAUGCUAUAUCUAUAAAUCAUAUGAGAUAUAAUGCACAAAUUACAAACAAUGAUAAAAUAGAAAAUAAAGUGAACUUGAAAUACUUAUUAAAUAUUGGAAAAAUUGGCGCUUCAAAUAUAAGUAUAGGAUAUGUAAGGAAACAUAAAAGAACUCUCUUCAGGACAUACAUUCAACGAAGACAUAAUAAAUUUAUGAGAAGCAAUGCGUUACAUUCCAAAAAGCACUGUCGAGUGACAGAUGCUAUUGUGGAACUUGUCGAUAUAUUUCCGACGAUCGCAGAUCUAGCGGGUGUUCCCAUACCGAUAUGUCAAGUUAUUAAUAAUACAAACGAUCAUUUAAAAAAUAUCCUCAUUCAAAACAAAGUCCCCAAUCCUUGUAGCGAGGGUAUUACGCUAUUACCACUUAUAAAAAGUACUUUGCAAUGUCAGAGCAUACCUUGGAAAAAAGCGGCAUUCAGUCAAUAUCCAAGACCAGAAAUUCAACCUAUGCUCCAUCCUAAUAGCGACAAGCCCCGUUUGAAAGAGAUAAACAUUAUGGGCUAUACUUUAAAAACUAGCGAUUAUCGUUAUACCGCCUGGAUACCAUUUGCGCAUACGACGUGCAAACCAGAUUGGGACGUUAUUAUUGCAGAAGAAUUAUACGAUCACAAAACGGACAGAGCGGAAGAUUUUAAUAUAGCAGCCUUGCCAGAAAUGUUAAAAACGAAAAAAUAUCUUAGAGUGUUGCUAAAAAAUGGAUGGAGAAAUGCUCUUCCAAGAUAUUAAAAUUAUAAUAUAAAUAUUUCUAUAUUACAUCAA